UGACCCAGGAUCAGUCCAGGUGUGGAGUGUGUGAGAGAGUACUGAGGGACCCAGUCAUCACCACCUGUGGACACAGUUUCUGCAGGCAGUGCAUCAGCAGCUACUGGGAGCAGCCUGGACUACCAGGAGACCAAGCCUGUCCCCAGUGUGGAAAGACAUGCAGAACUCAACCUCCUCUACAGCCUCUUCUGGAUGAACACACAGAUAUGGUAGAAAGCAGCAGACACCUGCACACUGAACACACACCAGACAGAAGGAGCAAACUAGCUGAUGAAGUCCUGAGGAGAGUUAUAGAGAAGCAUAAAGCCAGUCUGAAGAGGAGGUUUGAGAACAUAUCUGAAGGCAUCAUCAAACCAGGAGCUGAGACACUCCUUAAUAAGAUCUACACAGAACUCUACAUCACAGAGGGAGAGAGUGAAGGGGUGAAUAAGGAACAUGAGGUUUGGCAGGUAGAGUCAGCAUCCAGAGCACAAACCACAGAAGACACACCAAUCAAAUGCAAUGAUAUAUUCAAGCCCUUACCUGGACAGAAGAAGCACAUCAGAACUGUGAUGACCAAAGGUGUUGCUGGCAUUGGAAAAACAGUCUCAGUGCAGAAGUUCAUUCUUGAUUGGAUAGAUGGGGUAGCUAAUCAGGAUGUACACUUUAUGUUUCCCCUUCCUUUCCGUGAGCUGAAUUUGGUCAGGGAUGAUCAAUACAGUCUUCAAAAGUUCCUGCUUGACUUCCAUCCUGAACUGAAAGAGCUGAAGGAUGGUGAAGAAUACAAAGACUGUCAGGUUGUGUUCAUCUUUGACGGUUUGGAUGAGAGUCGAUUACCUCUAAAUUUCCAACAGAACAUGAUAUCUGAUUUAAAACAAACAUCAUCAGUGCAUGUUUUGAUGACGAGCCUCAUUCAGGGAACUCUGCUUCACUCUGCGCAGAUCUGGAUAACCUCACGACCAGCAGCAGCAGGUCAAAUUCCGGCUCAGUGCAUCGAUCAGGUGACAGAAGUACGCGGGUUCAAUGACCCUCAGAAGGAAGAGUUCUUCAGGAAGAGAAUUAGUGAUGAGAGUCAGGCCGAAAGAAUCAUCUCACACAUUAAGGCAUUCAGGAUUCUCCACAUCAUGUGCCACAUUCCAGUCUUCUGUUGGAUUGCAGCCACGGUACUUCAGCAGAUGUUGGAACAGGACAACACCCAGGAAAUACCCAAAACUCUGACUGAGAUGUUCAUACAUUUUCUGCUCAUCCAGACAACCAGAAAGAAUCAGAAGUAUCAAAGUGGAAUACAGACAAAUCAAGAACAACUCCAGGAAUCACAAAAGGAAAUCAUACUGAAGCUGGCAAAACUGGCUUUCAUCCAUCUGGAAAAAGGCAAUCUCAUGUUUUAUGAGGAAGACCUGAAAGAGUGUGAUAUUGAUGUCAGUGAAGCUUCAGUGUACUCUGGCAUGUUCUCUGAGAUCUUCAGGGAAGAGUCUGUGUUUCACCAGAGGAAGGUCUACUGCUUUGUGCAUCUAAGCAUCCAGGAGUUUCUGGCAGCACUUCAUGUCUUUAUUGCAUGCAGUUGUCUGAUGAAGUCGAUUGGGACACUCAUGUCCUUAGAAGAGUUACUGAAGUUGGCAGUAACCAAAGUUUUGGAAAGCAGGAAUGGACACUUGGAUCUUUUCCUUCGCUUCCUUAUGGGAAUCUCUCUGGAGAGCAAUCAGAGACUCCUACAAGGUCUACUGAAAGACAUAACUAUCAGUUCAAAAAGCAUUAAGGAAAUGUGUCAGUACAUUAAGGAGAUCAAUAAAGAGGAUCUCUCCCCUGAAAGAUGCAUCAGUCUUUUGCAGUGCUUAUCUGAAGUAAAUGAUCAUUCCAUUCAUGAAGAAAUACAGCGUUACCUGAAAUCACCAAAAGACUUUGGAGAGAAAUUGUCUCCUGCUCACUGUUCAGCACUGGCCCACAUGCUUCUGAUGUCUGAAGAGGUGCUGGAUGAGUUUGACCUGAAGACAUACAACACUUCAGAUGAGGGACGCAGGAGAAUGAUUCCAGCCCUGAGGAGCUUCAGAACAGCAAAACUUGCUGAAUGCAGUCUAACAGAUAAGUCCUGUGAAAUGGUGGCUACUGUUCUACAGUCACGAAACUCCCUGACAGAGCUGGACCUCAGUGACAAUGACCUGGGAGAUUCUGGAGUUCAGCUUCUCUCUGACGGACUGUCUAGUCCCCACUGCAAACUGCAGACAUUAAGGAUUGCUGAGUGCACACUUACAGAUAAAUCCUGUGGGAUUGUGGCUGCUGUUCUACAGUCACCAAACAACUCCCUGACAGAGCUGGACCUGAGUAACAAUGACCUGGGAGAUUCUGGACUUCAGCCUCUCUCUAAUGGACUGUCUAGUUCCAACUGCAAACUGCAGACGUUAAGGAUUGCUGAGUGCACACUCACAAAUAAGUCCUGUGGUAUUUUGGCUGCUGUUCUUCAGUCACCAAACAACUCCCUGACAGAGCUGGACCUGAGUAACAAUGACCUGGGAGAUUCUGGACUUCAGCCUCUCUCUAAUGGACUGUCUAGUUCCAACUGCAAACUGCAGACGUUAAGGCUCUCUGAUUGUCUCAUCUCAGAAAAGGGUUGUAUUUGUCUGGCUUCAGCUCUUUCUUCAAACCCCUCCCACCUAAAAGAGCUGGAUCUGAGAUACAAUUAUCCUGGAGAAUCAGGACUGAAGCUGUUAUCUGUUAGACUGGAGGAUCCUGUCUGUAAACUGGAGAGGCUUAAAACUGACCAUGCUUCAGUAAGCAGAGCUCGACCACGUUUGCUGAGAUAUGCCUGUGAGCUCACACUGAACCCAAACACAGCACACAGACAUCUCUCUCUCUCUGAGGGGAACAGAAAGGUAACACGUGUGAGUAAGGAUCAGCCGUAUCCUGACCACCCAGAGAGAUUUGACUACUGGUAUCAGGUGUUGUGUAGAGAGGGUCUGUCUGGACGCUGCUACUGGGAGGCUGAGUGGAGUGGGCGUGGGGUUUAUAUAUCUGUGGCGUAUAAGAGCAUCCAGAGGAAAGGGGGGAGUGGUGAGAGCACACUGGGAUGUAAUGACAAGUCCUGGAGGCUGUACCGCUAUCCUCACAGUUACUCUGCCAGGCACAAUAAAGAACACACCGUCAUACCUGACCCCUACUCCCUGUCCAGCAGAGUAGGAGUGUACCUGGACUGGCUGGCCGGCACUCUGUCCUUCUACAGCGUCUCCCCUGACACACUCACCCACCUGCACACGUUCCACUCCACAUUCACUGAGCCCCUCUAUCCUGGGUUUGGGUUUUAUUUUAUGAACUCAUCAGUGUCCCUGUGCUAG